AUGCCCAAAAGGCCGAAACUAUCCAACUCGGCCGGCUCGAUGAGUCACAUUGUUCCUAGUUCUCUGACCCCAGGGGCUGAGAACUGGUGGUCUCCUAGGCCUUUCAUGAGAGAAGAGCACCGCCUCGUCUACUCGCCCAACCCGGAGCAAGACUAUAUCCACGCACAGGGUACAUCCCCCCGGUGCGAUUUUGACCACUCGGACCAUAUACUCGAUCAACCUGAUCUGUAUCUCUUUGAUGACCACGAGCGAGCAGCUCUUCAGAUGGAAGGCUGGUCUCCGUCAUGGAACCCUCAAUGCCCCGGAUAUCCAUACUGGCUACAGUCUCAGGUUCCGGGCCCGUCUCAAGUACCCCAACAGCCCGAGGACUUACCUAUUCACUGGCCUGCCCAUGUCAUAGGCAGCCAGAAACCAAUUUCAGAUCAGUUGGUCAGACAGCAACAUGUAUAUUAUACGAACCCCGCUACGCCGGCCGAACAUUCUGGAUCUGAGCAUAGAGGCGGAACUGUACCUGGGACGAACCUUUCUAAAGACGGCGGCAUCAAUUCCCGGGAAGUUCGCGAAGUCGGGGCAUGUCUUCGAUGCUGGGCGAUGAAGGGCAGGUGCUCUAGAGAUGAUCCAUGCAAUCCGUGCACCACUAACAACAAUGGUCGCAAGUGGAUGGGCUGCUUUCGCUCUUUCUCUCAGGCGGGAGACUCGAUAAUACCAUCUAUGCUUGCGAACCGCUUAAGCUUGGCGUCGUAUGAAAACUGGAUGAUGAUGCAUACAAGCCCGGAUAUCCAAGGAACAUUUUCCCUGCCGCUGAGCUUUGGGUUUGGAAAGGUUUUCCAUGGAUUUCUCGGAUGCGAAUUUACUCCAUUGACGGAUGAAUCAAUGCAUUCGUAUUCAGUUCGGAAAGGAAAAGCUCAAUGUGUUCCUGGGCUUCCAAUCUUUGCCACGUAUAAAGGUAGUGGGGUCCCUCGUUCGCUAAAGCGUUGGCUUAAAGAGACUCUCAGAGACGGAGUCAGUAUGAGCCAGUGGCGACGAGCCUGUUUUCGGGGAGAACAGGACAUAUGGAUACGGAGGCUGUUGAAGACAGCCUGGGAAUAUUCUUAUACGUGCUGGACUGAAGAGAAUCAAAACAGUCAAUGUCACCAAAUUAACGAAAUGCUCUCCCACGCAUGGAGCAUGACCCUAUUGGCAACCAUUCUCUCUUUCCAGAUAACCGUGCCGGCGGAGGAUCUGGGCGGCGUCGUCAACAUGUUGCGGCCUCCUCGACCUGAAUGUACCACCAACUCGUCACGACAAAUAAACAAGGGAGUCAAAUGUGUGCUUUUUGAAAUAUACCAGAAAAUACAGAAGAAGGUCAUCUCCCAGGUGGAUGACAUUGUCAAGAACAGCAAGACGAUGAAUGACCGCGAGUGGGGAAAUAUGUACUGUGUGUCGAUCCUGCUUAUUGUCAUCAUCAGCCAGGCCCAGCUAUCUCUCCAAGCCAACUACGUGCUGGCCGAACGAGAACAACGGGGCGAGCAGGAAGAAACAAAGAGGCAGCUAGAAGAGUUAGAGGCUGCCUUUAGAACUAUCGCUCACUCGUUUGCCUUUGCAUUUCGAGAAAAGGAAAAGGAAAGACAGAGUCGUCCUUCCGACGCUGGCCACGACCCGAUUACGAGCCGCCUGCUUGAGAUUCUUGGCCAUAUCCAAGGCCAGUACAGAGAUGAGAUACAAAGGUACCGCAAGGAGAAACUCACCAUGAACACACACAGGUGGUUCAGCACGGCCAACAGACUGCGGUUUUUUUCGUAUUACUUUCAUGCGCUACCGAAAUCAGCAUGA